AUGGAAUGGAAUAGACGAGUAGCGCUCGAGAAGGAUAUGGACAAAGAUCGUUCGAAUACGCUCAGAAAUGUGCGGCUAUGCUGGGAUUACUCAGGCUACUUUGUCCUCUAUCCGUCUCCUGUAGGCGUGAAGGUGUACAAUGUGUAUACACAUCAAUUUGUUCGAGAGAUUGGUAAGGAGGAGACUGUGCGCUUUGUGGGAGUCACUCUAUGCAGGCAAAAACUUUCAUGGCUCAACAGUUCUAGUUCGCAUAAGGUGGCAGUACCGGACAUCCGCGCUCGCCUACAGGGAGCAGCAGCUACUAUAGAGACUGAAGCUGCUGACAAUCCCAAUCUGAACAAAACUACAGAUCCAGAUCCUAUCAUGGUUUGCUGCGCAUACAAGAAGAAUCGCUUCUAUUUGUUUACGAAUGCGGAACCGUACUCAACAGAUGAAACGGAUGAAUCUGCCACCAAUCGUGAUAUUUUCAAUGAACGUCCACGAAAGGAAGAUCAGCUCACUGCUGUUGAGCAAGAGGGCGAAAUUAAACAUGCUACGGAAGAAGCAACUUUACAUACUACUAUGGGAGAUAUACGGAUACGAUUGUUCCCUAACGAGUGCCCGAAAACUGUUGAGAACUUUAGCACCCAUGCUAGGAGAGGUUAUUAUAAUGGUUUGACGUUCCAUAGAGUGAUAAAAUCAUUUAUGAUACAGACUGGUGAUCCUACCGGAAAAGGUACGGGAGGACAGUCCAUCUGGGGAGCUGAUUUUGAAGAUGAAUUCCAUCCAAGAUUGCGGCAUGAUAAGCCGUUCAAAGUGUCCAUGGCAAAUGCUGGUCCAAAUUCUAAUGGAUCACAGUUCUUUAUAACUGUUUGUCCUGCGGAAUGGUUAGAUGGGAAGAAUACAAUAUUUGGAGAGCCAGUUGACUCAGCAGAAUGGAAUAUGGCUAAUUAUAUUGAAUUGUAG